AUGACUUAUCAUCGUAUAAAGAAGCUUUUCGAUGAAUAUUUAGAAAAGAACUACCCAGAAAUAGACUUUUAUAACAGCAAAGAAUCUGAAAAUUGUAUUGAAUUUUAUAGAAAUGACGAUAAAUCUUAUGUUCCUUUUAGAAAUCUAUAUUUUAGAAAACGAAUAAUGGAUUUGGAUAAAAAACAGUUUUUAACUAGAAACCCUUACAAUCACAAUUGGAAAGAAGAGAAUUUAGACAAGUAUUUUUAUAAAGAUUGUAAAAAGACAGAUAUGUCUGAUAAAAGAAUUUAUAAAUGUACUUUAGACAAUUGUAACAGACAAUAUACAUCUGCCUUUGGAUUGAAAUAUCAUAUGAAGGAGGGACAUUCGAAAGAGAAGUUGAAUGUUCAUAAACCUUAUGUAUGCAAUAUUCAAGGAUGUGGUAGAAAAUAUAAAAAUAAUAAUGGAUUAAAAUACCAUUUAAAAACCUUCCAUAAUAUUUCAUAG